CAAUAUCGCUCUCAUAUCAUAUACCCUUCUCUCUCUCUCUCUCUCUCUCUCUCACACACACACACACACAGAACACACAGUGAAAACCUCAGUAGGUGGCACAAAAGUGUGUGGAGUUUGAAAUGGUUGCGUGAACAAGAAGAGUGGUAUCUUUGUUUUUUCUUGAGAGAUUCAUCUGAGACACACACAGCAGUGUUCUUUGCUGUUCUUCUUGAGAUUAUAACACACAUAAUGGGAAAGAAAGAUCAUCAAGUCCAGAAAGAGAAAGACAGAGUUCAAUCCGUGCUUCAACUUCUCAAGAAACAAGCUCCCCUCACUGUUAAACAGGAGAAGUAUUGCAACAGUGCUUGUGUGGAGAGGUUUCUGAAAGCCAAAGGAGACAGCGCCAAGAAAGCAGCCAAACAGCUGAGAAAUUGUCUUGCUUGGAGAGACUCAAUAGGAACUGACAAUUUGAUAGCUGAUGAAUUCUCCGCUGAGCUUGCUGAAGGAGUUGCUUAUGUUGCUGGUCACGACGACGAACUAAGACCUGUCAUGAUAUUCCGAAUCAAGCAAGAUUACCAGAAAUUCCAUUCUCAGAAACUGUUUACUAGGUUGCUGGUGUUCACACUAGAAGUGGCUAUUCAGACCAUGGCCAAAAAUGUGGAGCAAUUUGUUCUCCUCUUUGAUGCCAGCUUUUUCAGGUCAGCGUCAGCUUUUAUGAACAUGUUGCUGGCUACACUGAAGAUCAUAGCUGAUUAUUAUCCGGGUCGGCUUCACAAGGCUUUUGUCAUCGAUCCUCCCUCUCUCUUUUCUUAUCUUUGGAAGGGAAUGAAGCCGUUUGUGGAACUUUCACCCUUGACUAUGGUGGUAUCGUCGCUUGAUUAUGAGGAAUCACUCGAGUUCAAUGAUUUAACCUUAUAUCCGCGGGCUGCAUCGCUACGUUUUGAUUCAUCGUCCUUGUCCGUGCCAUCAUCAACCAAACUUGGGUCGUGCUCUUCGUCAAGAUUUUCAUUCACCGUCUCGCAUCAUUUUGAUUCUUUGAAACCUUGGUAUCUGUCGUUCACAGACACAUCAGCAUCGAAAGUGGGCCCCACAAACCCUUCACAAGCCUUUUCAGGCCCUGCCAUAUCCCCCCUCAAUGCUAGGUCCUACUCCUUUGCAUCACCGGUGGCCAGAGCGCCGCGCGGCAACAUUGAUGUCGUCAGAAAGGGGUUCUUUCCAUCAACGCCAAUGCCACAAAAGACCCAAAAGUUGGAUGCAUCUAUGGUCCACCAUCCUAGAACUCCGAAGCCAUCAUUCCUCCGGUCGCCAGCCCUCUUCUUCCGAAGGGAUCACGCCUGUCAAGUGAGUCGAGUCGAGAAGUCCCGUGAAGCGUUCGUCCCAUUUUUGAAGUUCUAUCGACGACCCUAUGAUGAGAUGAUCUAUAGGUCAAAGAUGAGGCCUCCUCUCGGCGGCCUUAUCUCGAUUGUCUCGCCGCAGCUUAGGCGCAGACACAUGUCGAUCUCCCAACGAUUUUGAUCAAUGAAGAAAGGAAGCCGAUCGAGUACAUACUAUUCCCAUUAACCAAAGGCUCACAUCACUAAUAAUGUAUUCGUAAUUGUUUCUUAAUCUCAACGUCAAAGGGGAAUUUAUUGCAUAGUACACUAAUUUUGUCUCCAAGAUUGUGUAAAGAAAUAGACUGCGUGCUAAGUGGGAUGUGAAACAUCGUGCAAUAUAUAUAUGUCGCAUUUAGUGCUAAGUGGUCUACACUUUGGUUUAUGCAAAAAAAAAGAACAGCAUGGAAGUAAGACAUCGUGGUC